GGCCCCGUCGGAGCGACGCCGCGGCCGCCUCAGUCGGCCGCCCGGGAGGGAAGAUGGACGCAGCUACUCUGACGUACGACACGCUCCGGUUUGCUGAGUUUGAGGAUCUCCCGGAGGCCUCGGGGCCUGUGUGGAUCCUGGGGAGGAAGUACAGCGCGCGCGCAGAGAAGGACGCGAUCCUGUCCGAUGUAGCCUCAAGGCUCUGGUUCACGUACAGGAAGAACUUCCCCGCCAUCGGGGGGACUGGCCCCACCUCGGACACGGGCUGGGGCUGCAUGCUGCGCUGCGGGCAGAUGAUCUUCGCCCAGGCCCUGGUGUGCCGGCACUUAGGCCGAGACUGGCGGUGGGCCCAGCGGAGGAGGCAGCCGGACAGCUACCUCGGCGUCCUCAGCGCUUUCAUGGACCGCAAGGACAGCUGCUACUCCAUUCACCAGAUAGCGCAAAUGGGAGUCGGCGAGGGAAAGUCCAUCGGCCAGUGGUACGGGCCCAACACGGUGGCCCAGGUUCUCAAGAAACUGGCUGUCUUCGACACGUGGAGCGCCCUGGCCGUCCACAUCGCCAUGGACAACACGGUGGUGAUGGACGACAUCAGAAGGCUGUGUCGGAGCAGCCUGGCCAGCACGGGGGCCGCCGCCAACCCCGACAGGCACUGUAACGGGUUCCCUGCUGGCUCCGAGGCCCCCGAUAGGCCGGCAUCCUGGAGGCCCCUGGUGCUGCUCAUCCCCUUGCGCCUGGGGCUCACGGACAUCAACGAGGCUUACGUGGAGACGCUCAAGCGCUGCUUCACGCUGCCCCAGUCGCUGGGUGUCAUCGGAGGGAAGCCCAACAGUGCCCACUACUUCAUCGGCUAUGUGGGAGAGGAGCUCAUCUACCUGGACCCCCACACCACGCAGCCUGCGGUGGACGCUGCCGACGGUGGCUUCGUUCCGGACGAGAGCUUCCACUGCCAGCACCCGCCCAGCCGGAUGAGCAUCGGGGAGCUCGACCCAUCUAUCGCCGUGGGGUUUUUUUGCAAGACCGAGGACGACUUCAAUGACUGGUGCCAGCAGGUCCGAAAGUUGUCGCAGCUGGGCGGUGCCCUGCCCAUGUUCGAGCUGGUGGAGCAGCAGCCCUCCCACCUGGGGCCCGAUGCCCUGAGCCUGUCCGUGGAGUCUUCUGAUGCAGAGCGGCUGGAGAGAUUCUUCGACUCAGAAGACGAGGACUUUGAGAUCUUGUCCCUGUGAGAGCCCUGGAGUCUCCAGUGGCCUGGGGCGCCGCGGUCCGGAGCUG